AUGGAUGCUAAUAAUAUUAAGAUCAUCAAGGUUAGAUGGGAGAGACCUCCUUACCCAUUCAUUAAAAUCAAUACUGAUGGAAGCUACACAAACAAGAGAGCAGGUAUUGGGGUAAUUUUUAGGGAUCACAUAGGGCAUACUUUGCUCUUCUAUAAGGCCCCAUAUAUUGCUGAAGAUGCUUUGGAAAUUGAAGUUGCUGCUCUUUAUUCGGCGUUAAAGUUUGCUAAGGAUAACAAGUGGAAGUGGAUUUCUGUUGAAGUGGACUCCUCCCUGCUGGUGGAGCUGCUGACUAUUAAGAUUUCUUCCCCUUGGCACAUUAACCAAUGGAUUCACAAGAUUAAAAAUUUUAGCCUUGAAAUUAAGAUUCAUUUCUCUUUUGUGUAUAGGGAAGUAAACAAGCCUGCUAACUUCCUGGCUAUGGAGGGUGCAAAUGCUGAGCAUGCUGAAGUCUCCACAACCCUCUCCCCCCCACUCCACCUGUUAACUCAGGGGGACAAACUCCAAAUUCCUUACCUAAGAGUGCAAAAACAAAUGCUGGGACCAUAG